AUGGAUAUCCAGGCACUGCUGCAGCGCGAGGCAUCCACAAGGGGAUUUACUUUGGGGACGCUGUGCCAGGUCAGUGCGCUGCCCUCGUCGCAAAAGGUGGCCUGCUGCGGCGGCAUAGUGGAGAAGGUCGUGGUGGAGUCUGCGCAGGACUGCACUGUCUUGCUGCGGGACGCAACAGGGACGGUACACUGCGCCAUCCACGGUGCGGUGUCGAGCCGUUACCCGGAUGUGCUGGCGGUGGGGGCACUCGUUCUUCUCUGUGAUGUCACAGUGCUGGUGACGUCUGCCUUGAUGCCGCCGGUGCUUAUCGUCUGCCUCGAGCACCUCGCCGCCCUCCUGUUGCCAGAGGGACCGUCCGACAACGCGAGAAGUCUCGAUGUGGGCGAUGCAUCGUCGUCGUCGCCGCUUGCAGAUGUGCUGAUGCACAGUGGCGGAGGCGGCGGCCGUGUGCCGGGUGCACCCAAAGCUGUCCUUCACGGGACUGUUGACGAAGGUGCAGGCGAAGUGUGCCUUGGGGCGGCGGCUGUAGCCGAAUUGUCUGCUACACCUACAGAUUUAAGGAACCCCGUGGAAAUUUAUGACGAUGAGGAUUGUUUACAGUUAGCAGACGAUCUGUAG